AUGACAUCAACAACAAGUAAACCUACGAUCAAUUCAAGCACUAACUGGUCGACUAUAACCGAAGAAUUCGCCAAAAAAUUGGGAGUGGAAAUUAUUGGAAAUAGCCACGAAUCUCAGAAUAAUUAUGGGGAGGUAUCCUGUAUUGUUAAACAAGUAUUGAGUAAAAAAAUUCAGAUCUCUCUUCACCGAUUACUGGGGAUAGAACCCGAGAUUCAGCAAGAUAUUAUAAACGCAAUAGUAAACCCAAAUAUUACUGAACAACGAUCUACGAAGUGA